AUGGAUAUACCGGUUAUUGAUUUAUCAACUCCGGAGACGCUUGAAAGGGAUUUUUACGCUUGGUUGAAUGUGAGUUCUUUUUCAUGAUUUAUUUGAAGAUGGAGUUUUUAGGGAAACCCGCUGAAUGUUUGCAACAAAUUUGAGAGCUUUUCUGUAGUAAGUUUCGCAUGUUUUGUUUUUCAUUGUUUGUAAAAGAUGUUAGUUUUUGAAAUCUUGAACUUUCGCCUUUUGGAGAAAUUUUAUAAUAACAGAUUUAUUCACUGUAUAUAACAUAUAUAGUGAGUACUGAGAUAAGAAAAAAAUGCGGUAGAUUCUAAAACUAGUACUGGCAAAAAUUGAGUAAAGAUCAUUUACGAUUCAUUUUGAACUUGUUGAAAGUAUCCUUGAUGAAAAUUCUGAAGAUUUAUUUCUACAUGAUUUCUCGUUUUCAAGCAAGCUUCAUUAGUAUCUUAACAAUAAAAAACCAAGAAACAUCCCAUUCUAUUUCCUGCCAUCCCAUCUUGAGUGCGUUUUUUUCAGAAAAGCGAGGAACCGUUAUCAGACUAUCAAAGAUCAUCCCUGCCAUCUUUGGAGACCAUCAGCUGUCCGACGGUUCCAUACGUAACGGACUACAGCGAUGUAACGAGAACACAAGGCAAAUUAGCCUGAAAGAAUGUUUGAAGGUCUAUCAACAACAAUACUGCACCUACAUUGAGUCAUCCGAAAGCGGUUCGCCGUCUUCGCUCUCCUGUUCUUCCAUGGAGUACGACGUGCCGCCGCCGCCGCAGCACGAGAGAGACGUCGCCCGGAGUUCCGGUGAUCAGGAGACUUUUCAUUAUUCAAUUGUCUCAUCCAGGCGGUUCAGGCCGUAAUCAACUUGGAAGGACCUACAGUCCUGGACUUCCUCUCUCCAUGUUUGAACGGGAAGAAAUCGUCAAAUUGUUUCAGGUUUGUCGUGUAUUUUCACUUCUUCUCUCUAAAUCCAGACCUCUAUUUUUUUGGUUCACGAUUUUUGGGCGUUAUAGCGUCAUACUGGCUAUUUUCCUGACUCUUGAAAAAAAUAUCAUUUUACCGUUUCUACUGGAAUUUAUUAUAAAAUUCGAUUAAAAAUUCAGGAAUCGAUUUCGCAGAAUGGUUAUCUGCGCGAAUUUUCAGUUUUGGAGACAUGAAUUUUUGAAUUUUUCUUUGGUGCGGAAUCGAUUCCUCGUCCAUCAAAUAGUGUUUGAUCAAUUUAUAAAAAAAUAUUUAGUUGAAACGGUAAGAUGACUUUUCAGAUUUUCCGCUUUCUAAUAAUCAAUAAAACACUUAUAAAUAGUAAUUUUUUUCGUGAGUCAUUGGAAUUUUGUAACUGCUUUUUUGGCCUAAAAAUCUGAAUUUUUCGAUUCCUUUUAUCAACCGGUUUCGAUAAAAAAAAUAUAAGAAUCGAAAAAAAAAGAAUUUUUUUUUGUUCUCCUGCCGCUUGAUACUAAACCAAACCGAUUUCGAAAUUCUCAGCCCAAUUACCAUCAAAAAUUAUGAGAAUUUCUGCUUUACACAGGCCGGGUGGAAGAUCUGCGACAUUUCGAAACGGCUUUGCGUCACGCACAGUUGUGUCAGCAAAAUUUUGAACAGGUUCGUUGUUUUCCCUCGUAUUCAUAAUGUUGCGUGGAAUCGACUCAUUUUUUUCCCUCCAAUUUCCGGUUCUCAAGACAUCGUAUGUUUAGGCUAAUUUAUUGAGAACACAAUUCUCAACUAUCCCUUUCAGGGUUCGUAAAGUGAUCGGAUUUGGAUACUUAAAGAAAUAGAAAAUUUUGGAAACUGAAAAUGAAACUAGGUAAUGUGAUUCAGAUUUCGACAAACCGGAUCAGUAAAGCCGAAAGAUGCAAAAGAAGGCAGAAUGGAGUCACCUCUAGUUUUAGCUGUUCGAGACUACAGGUAAGUUAUUCUGAAAACUUCAAAAAUUAAAAAAGUGACGACAAAUUAGGCCGGGAACCAAUGCAUGUAAGCGUUUUUUCUCAUGAACUGAUUAUUUGAAAAUCUGAUUGUCGCCAAAAUAAAUUCCUGAAGAAAAAUUGCACCGCAGAAUCAGGAAAAAGCUUGUUGACAAAAUUAAAUUGGUGCAGAAAUUGAUGUUUUUUUGUCAGAAAUCCUCUUUGAUGAGCUCAGUACGACUACAUCAUAGCUUUUUACGAAUUAUGUUUUUUUCUUCAAUUUUUAACAUCGAUUACUUCAACUUCUACAGGACCGCCAGAAAAUCCAUAAAAAAACGGAAUUCCGGCCACAAUUUUUUGGAAGAAAUUGAAUCUUUUUGAAAGUUUCUGAAAUUGAAAUGACUGUUUUUUUAACACUCUGGGAAAGAGACCAGUUUCGAAAAUUCUGUGGAAAGGAAGUUAAGACUUGUGAAUGAGGUCAACUUGAUUCACGGCGGAUUUCAACUAUUGAUCAUAAGAUUCUUGAAUUUUUUUGAUAAAAAAAGUAAAAAAAAUAAAACUGAGAGAAAAGUUGCGUGAAUGUUAAAAAUUCAGACGUUGCUCAGGUUUUUCAAGCUUUCAAAAAAGCGGGAAAAGACACAAAUUCGAUUUAAUUUCACCUUUUUGAAAAGUCUGAAGUUUGAAUUUUUCUGGUUUAACAUGAAGUUGUUAAGAACUAUUAAUUUUUUUUUUGCUGGAGACGCUAGAUUUUUACUUCAAUUAAUUUUCUAAAGAAAAGUUAUUUUUGUCCCUUUCGAAGCAAUUAUCUACCACAGAAGUCUUUCACAUACAUGAGCUUUUUUGAUUAAUUAACGUUAGUCGUUUCGGGUAGAAUAUCGUUUCGAGUAGCUUUUCGGUCCUGAAAAGUUCUUUUGAGCGUUUAGAAGCCUUGAAGCCUGACUAUUUAUUUCCGAAUCAAAUUAAAAAAACUCUUCGUGACCCCUCAAUCUAGAAGAACAAAAUUGUCAGGUCGCGACUUGGCAUGUGUCGGCAGAGCGAAAUCCGAGAGCAGCUGAUUCGGGACGGCGUGUGCACGCGAGAAAACGCGCCAUCGAGAAGCAGCAUCAAUCAGUGUGUUCUUUCAUUUCUUCCACUUGCGAGAAAAUGAGACGCGAUGAAUUGUGCAAAAACUACGAAAUUGAACCAUUUUCAGCAUAUUGCGAACGAAGCUUGAUAUCAAACGUCGGAGAAAGGCGAACUGA